AUGGCAUCUCAAACACACCCCAAAUCCUCCUCCUCCUCAUCAUCAUCAUCAAAACCGCACUCGCACUCCCAUAAAUCGCACUCAUCCUCCUCCUCCUCCUCCUCCUCAAGCACAUCCUCACAAAAACAAUACUACCUAAUAACCGACCUCCCCCUCCGAUCCAGCACCGACUUCCCCGCUGCUGAAGAAGUAAUCGACCUCCACGCCGAGUCCUGGAAACUGCCCUACAGCAUCGACGACGAGGACCUAACCUUCGACGGCAAGCCGCUCAACAUGCUGUACGAGGAGAAUCGCUGGGAGGCGGAACAUCACGUGGAUUAUCACUAUUCGAGCUCGUGCUCGAGUACUUCGAGUGCGAAGUCCUCCUCCGAACACAAGUCGCGAGGACGAAGUCGUCAGAGUAAGAAGUGA